CACUAUCUCCACCACUGGAGUAAAACGAUGUAACCUGCAGAAAAGAACCACUGAACGAACCAGUUACCGAAUCUUUUUGAUGAACUGAGUCAAAAAACUCCGAAAGCGUCACUGAACGAACGCAUGAAUGAAUCUUUGUGGUGAACUGAUUCGAGUCAUUGGAAUGAAUCAUAAUCCCCACCAGUAGUAUUCAGUCAGAAGCGGGUGGAGCGAGCGGUCAUUCUCCAGCACAGCAAACAGAGCUCUCCAUCCAAUCAGCGCAAGGCGGCUGUCUUAUAGCUGCUGUGUGUUCUUCACUUUUUACACUCACUGCAAAGGCGUCUGAUCCAGUAAAUUAUCAACAAGUAGCCUACGUUUCCAGACUUGGCAGGAUGGAUGUUAAAUGAAUGGAGCCCUCUUCACAUUUCUUCUGCUUUUGGUUUCUAGCCUAAUUAAAGCUUGGCUGUAGAACCUUUUCCUCUCAAAUGUUUUAUUGCCUUUCAGAUGUUGAUUGACUCAUUUGGAUUCUCUCCAGGACAUUCACAAUGGCUUCAAACACCUGAAAAUUAAAACCGCUAAUCUACAUGUGCUCAAAGGGCGUUAAUAAGGAAAAACUCCUGCUGUUGGAAUGACACAGUGACCUGUAAUGUUUAUUCAUUAAUUUUCCAAUAUGACAUGGAUUAACAAUGGCUGCCCUUGAACAGUAGAGCAUUCUGAAAGUAAGUAACUGGACAUGACUUACCCUGGAGGGGCUCAUGUGUCAAAGAAAGUCUUCAUCCCUCAUGGCUGUCCCCUUAUCUUGAGAUUACUUUUAGCUGUGAUUUGUUUGAGCGUGAUGGGUUUUGCCUGUCCCAAGAGCUGCCACUGCUCCGAGAGGAAUGGCUUGACAGUAGUGCAGUGUUCCUCUCGCAAGCUUGAGGAGAUUCCCCCCGACCUUCCACACGAUACUGUGUCACUUCAGCUGUCCUCCAAUCAUAUAACCAAAAUCCCAAACCAGGCUUUUAAAAACCUUCCCUGGCUCCAAGAGUUGGACUUAUCAAGGAACGCUAUCGAAACCGUGGAUGCUGGGGCUUUUCAAGGUGUCGCAGAGAGUCUGCGGGCACUCGACCUAUCCCAUAAUCACAUGCAAAGCGUCCCCAAGGAGGCCUUUGCUCGGCUGCAUGCCAAGAUCAGCCUGUCCAAUAACCCGUGGCACUGUGAGUGCACCCUGCAGGAGGUGUUGCGCGAACUCAGGCUGGACCCCGAGACGGUGAACGAGGUGAGCUGCCACACCUCUGUUCAGGAAGAGUAUGCGGGCAAGCCUGUCAUCCAAGUCUUGGAUUCAGGCAUAAACUUUUGUAACUUCCACCAUAAGACUACUGAUGUGGCCAUGUUUGUCACCAUGUUUGGUUGGUUCACGAUGGUCAUCGCUUAUGUCAUCUAUUACGUACGGCAUAACCAGGAAGAUGCCAGGAGGCAUCUGGAGUACCUCAAGUCUCUGCCAAGUAGCUCCCAAAUUAGUAAGGACUUUGACACAAUCAGCACUGUUCUCUAGCAUCAAUCAAUGCAGUGUAGGAGUGAAUGUGUUUGGUACAGUGAUGAUGGCACAACAGCAAGCCUUAUAACGAAAAGUGGGGCAAGAUGUGUCAUAUACUGAAGAUGAUCUCUAGGAAAGGAAAAGUAAAGAAUCACUGAUGAACACGUGUAAGAUUUACAUUUCAAAUACUGUACAUAUAUGAAUGUAAAUGAGGAAAAGAAAACGUUUUGCUAAUGCACAAUUACUAUUACAAAGUAUUAUUUUGCUGCACAUUAUACAUUUUCAUAAGAAUGAAAAACAUUUCAUUUUAUGAAUGUUUUAGUUUAAAUAUUUUUUUUAUUUGUAAUAGUAUUUUUGUGCAGUUGGAACCAAAUCUUACCAAAUACCAAACAUGCAUGAAAUGAAAUAUAUCUUUUUAUUGAUUUAUUUAUUUUGCUUUGACAUCAAAUUAAUUUUUUCUUCUGCAGAAAAUAUAUUUUUACAUGCAAAAAAACAACAAAAAACAUUUUUAGCAUUCAAAAAUCUUGUACAGAGAGAUGCACAUGGAAAAAAAGUCCUUUUUUACCUCUUUCUCUGACAUUGACUGAAAUUUCCGGCAAUCCAUGUUUUCACUGUUAUACUGUAGGGGCGCUAUUACACAUCUUUUGAAAGAGUAUAAAGUCUCCAGCUCAAAUCAGGCGAAAAAAAAGCAGAAACAAGCCAUAAAAGCAUUUCUUAUGCACAUGUAAAAUAAAGCGAUCGUCAAACAUCAAACAGCAUAUAAAUUAAACCUGCCAAACGUUAUCUAACGUUAUCGCUGUGAAGCUUUGCAGGUGUUGAUGGACUCAAUUUACUCCAUCUAUGUUCUGAAUCUAAUCCGGACAUAGUCUUUGACAAAAACACAAUUUUCUCAACCGUUUCAUGUCUUAUGUUCAGAUAUUCAUACAAAAAAUAUCCUGGGGGCCAUGAAAGUUUUGUGAAAAUUAUCAAAAAAUACUGUCGGUGGCUGGCAACUUUUUCAAAAAAUGCUGGCGGGGAAGGAGUUAAAAAUAUAUGGCCCACUUUGUUGGUUUAAGGGGGUGACAGAUUACCAUCUGACACAUCUUACCCCACUGUUCCUAAGUUACAUUAUUAUUUGAUUUGAUUGUGAAUGUUUUCAGUGGGUUUUCAAACAAUGAAUGUGUUGACAAUUGUUCCGUGAUGCAAUUCCGUGUUCCCAUUCCCCUCAGUCGACCUACAUAAGUCCUGCAGUCUCUGUGGUGGCCGCUUUGUGCCUCACAACAAGCUCUGCAGAAGCUUCAGUUUUUCUGCAGGUGCUUAAAUCACAUUAUUUCUUGAAUUGAUUUAUUAAUUUGUAUGCUAAUGUAAUGGUGUUUCAGAACUGAAUAUUAAAUGCUGGAUUAACAGGAUUUUUAUUUUCCUUCUUUUAUAGCAUUGACCAAGUAGAGCAAGUACAUAAGCACUGCCAAAAAAAAAGUUAAGUUAAGCUCUGCCUUGAUAAUUGGAAACUUGCCCCAUUUUUGGCAGAGUUCUUUAAACUCAAGUGCCUGAUCCUGGUACCUCAGCACCAAUACACUGUGCAUUGGGCAUUAUUUGGUUUGCUAUCUCUCUGUUGUUCUACAAUAAUAAUAAAAAAGAAUCCUUUAAUAGUGAGUGUUAAGAAGAACAGUGUCAUUUUAGGUCAAGUGAAAAUGUUGGUGUAUUUUAAAGAUUUUUCAGAUUGAUGUUGCUAUUAUGUAAGAUUAGAAGAUAUCAUGAGAUGACAUUCAAAAUGGAUUAUGUCACCUGUGUGUUAGUUAAAAGGGCUUGCAGGUUAUAUUUCAUGUAGGCUAAUGUGAAUUUCUGUCCACAUGUACCAGUUUUUCAUUGUGAUAAGCCUUUCAGCAGUAGUGUGUAUAUCAUAGAAUCAUAAGAAAAUAAAAAUGCUAUUAGAAGGACUCUGCCUUCUUGCCUA